AUGGACAUCAGUCACCAAUUUUUCCCACUUCCGAGCGUAGCAGUUCCGAAUAUUACGAUUAAUCGGCCAUCUGUGACGGAGUACAGUUUUGAGAGUGAGAGAAAAGCUAUUGCCGAUUACGAGAAGAAUAAGGCUGCCUUAACAAUCAAAGUGAAAGAAAUGAAAACUAAGAAUGUAAAUUCUGAAAGACAGUCAAGCAUUGUGGUUGAUGGAGCCUCAAAUAUAACCUGCGGAUUACAUACUCGAAAAGUUUAUUCAAAUGCUAUAUUAGAACCGAGUCGUGUUGCAGUCACAACUUCUCAGCAGCAAAAUACGAAACAAGUUAAGCCAGCAAUGAAUACCUUUGAAGAAUUUGAAUUAAAACCGAAUCUUUUUGAUCUCUUGGAAUUAAGAACCAUAGAUGAUAAAGCUGCCCUUGAACAGAUACUUGCCAAUGCACCACCGCCGCUAUCUUCUAACGUUGUUGGAAGUAGUGCUCAGUCUUCCUCAGGAUUAUUGUCUUCAUCAUCGAUUCCAAACAUGGGUUUAAAGGUAUCAGGAAGUGAUAAUGCCCACAGUUUGUAUAAUUUGUCGACUCUCAAAAGCUAUAGCAGCUCAUUUGGUAUCGGCGUUCCCAGUGCUUCUUUCAGACAAAAUUUAUAG